CGUAAGCUUGUAUCGUGGUGAACAUGGCGGCUGAGGGGUCGAUGCAGAAAGGAGAGGAGGAGUGGCGUGCGGUUCUUUCUCCCGAGCAGUUGAGGAUUCUCCGUCUGAAAGGCACCGAAUACCCAGGAACUGGGGAAUACAUAGAUUUCAACAAAGAAGGGAUCUACGGUUGUGCACGUUGCAAAACGCCUCUUUACAAAUCAACCACAAAGUUUAACGCAGGUUGUGGCUGGCCUGCAUUCUUUGAUGGAAUCCCUGGUGCCAUAACUCGAACCGCAGACCCUGAUGGGAGAAGAAUAGAGAUCAAUUGUGCAGCAUGCGGUGGACACCUUGGUCAUGUUUUCAAAGGGGAAGGUUUUGCUACUCCCACUGAUGAACGCCAUUGCGUCAACAGCGUUUCCCUCAAUUUCACACCCGCAGAGCCUUCCUUGUAAAUCAAAUCUCGGGCAUACAGUUUAUGCCUUGAAGGAAAAUUUUGUUUUUCCUGUCAAUACCGAAA